CGUGUCCCUGUCACCUCCCCUACCUCGAGCAUUCCAGAAACCGUUAUACUUGUAACAUUGAACCAAAUUCCCAGCGAAUUCAAGUCCAGUGGUUUUGAAUGAAUUGAUUGCAUGCCCAGAAAGUGUUUCCACAGGACAAACUCGCGAAAAUGGGGGAGUCGCUCGACAGAUACGUUGUCGUGCGUUUUGCCUCAGCAUUACCGGAUCUAGAGGUUACGAUUAACAACAUAGACCGUUUCUCCAUACAGGAACUGAUCAAUUAUGUCAGAGAACGCGUCCCAGAGUGCAGGAAUAAGCAUUUGAAAAUGGUCUGUCAAGGACGGUUGCUCAGUCCGCUGUGUACGGUUUCCAGAGCUAUUCAGGGCAAUUGGGCGGUGACUCCUGCUGCUGAGACUUCAGAACGAGCAUUCAUUCAUUGUAUUAUUGGUCCAGAAUUGACGCCUGAACAAAUUCAACAAGAACAGCAUCCAGAAGAACUUUCGGGAAUGCCGGGAGAAUAUCCCAGUACAAACGUACUAAGUAAUAGUGGUCCACGCGGCUUCGACCGAUUAUUAGAAGCCGGUUUUGGUGAAGACGAAAUUGCAACCCUACGUAACCAGUUUCACCAACUUCGUGGAACAGACUUGAAUGCGUUGACGGAGGAUGCAAUCCGCCAGGCAGAGGAUAACUGGAUCGACAAUCCGGCUCAGGAGCAGGCGACUGAGGAGCUGGAGAUGACGCAGGACAUGGUGCUUACGGGCGCAAUUCUUGGUUUUUUUGGUGGGCCUUUCGCCUUCUUUUUCCGCUGGCACAAGUCGCUCACACCGUUUCGAAUGCAGUUGGCCAUCGUCCUUGGGCUGCUCUUGAAUUUUGUCCUGGCAUUUGUUCGAAGCCUUGUCUAGUCUAAGCGAACAUAAGCGAACGUUGCCGAGACUGAACGAACCGAAACAAAUCAGAAGGCAGUUUUGUAUAAUGCGUUAAUGAAUAUAAAGUAAUGUCUUAGAAUGCGGAAUAUA